CAGAGCUCAUCAUUGUUGACAACUGUAGCUUGUCGUCAAACUUCUUCAGUUUCUGAAACAAUGAGUUCGCUAAAAUUUCUUUGUUCAGGCUUUGUUGAGAUAUCGAAAGACUGUCGUAGUUUGUUGCUAGUUUAUUAAGCCACUAGACGAACUAGCGUUUGUGUUGAGACAGAUUUGGUUUCCAACAUUUCAGAGCAUCUGUUGUUAAGCGCUAGCUAGCUAGCAGGCUUAGCUAAAAGAGACUGCAGCAGCAUGGGUGAUGGCAGUAUUACUCCCAGGAUCGGCAACAUGAAAGCGUUACUUGGGAUAGUUGCUGGAGCUGGGGCUUCGUACGGUAUUUAUAAACUGAUCAGUGGGGUAAGCAUCAAGAGGAACAAGAAAAGUGCAGCCAGUGAAUGUCCCGGAGUCAGAAGCAGUUCGCCCAGUGAAGUGACCCUCCAGCCGGGCAGCCUGUUGGCCAAAGUGUCUGGACUGGACGUUGUCUGCCCCCGAACUGCGGACGUUGUAUCAGGUGACAUCAUCCACCAGUCCCCUGACAACCUUGACCCACAACACUUGAAAAUGCUGCUGUCAUUGCUGCAGACCAGUGCUAAUUCAUCUGACAGAUGCCGGAUCCUAGUCACCUUAGGAAAUGCUGCUGCCUUCACUGUGAAUCAGAAUUUAAUCAGAGAAUAUGAAGGGAUUCACACAAUAGCUGGUUUCCUCUCCGACUCUGCAGCAGAGGUUAGAGUUCAGGCUCUAAAUACUCUAAAUAAUCUUUGUAUGAACAUCCAGAACCAGGAACAAAUAAAGAUUUAUGUGCCUCAAGUGCUGGAGCUGAUUGAAGUGUCGCCAGUGAAUUCGGACCUUCAGCUCGGAGCUCUCAGGCUGCUGACAAAUCUUUCAGUCUCAGAUAAACAUCAACAUUUGCUGAAGGAUUCAGUCACACUAUUACUUUCUUUACUUGUUGUGAGUAAUGAAGCAUUACAGGUUCAGGCUUUAAGAGUUCUAGUGAAUUUAUCAUCUAAUCCAGAUAUGAUGGAUGACAUUGUUCAAUCUCAGGCACCAGCUUCUGUCGUGUUGCUGUUUGAUGCUCGGACAGCCUCUUCAGUGCUGCUACGGCUACUGAUGUUUGCUGGGAACUUAAAGGCUUGGAGGCCCUCUGCACAGGUGGCUGAUGAACUUAGGCGCAAACAGGAUUGCCUCUUCCGGGUCAUGUUGGACGAGUCCUCUCAGCUCCACGGCAGACUGGUCCAGCUCCUCUCACACCCUGAUGGGGAGAUUCAGGCCCAGGUGGCUCGCAUCUUGAUGUAGAGCUCACAGUCUGCACUCUUGAACCCUGCACAGCUUUAGCUUUCACACUCACCUUACCAAAGCCACCAAUCUGUCACCUUCCGCUGUCAUUCUUUAUCUUCUGACAUUGAUGUUGUGAGAAAGCAGGCUGCUUUGCAGCUUGUUGAUAGAAGUUUACUGUCUCUAUGAAAUCCAAAAUAUUACUGCACAUAACUUAUUUAUUCUGCCUCACCAUCUGCUCUUCACAGAUUUGCAGUUUGUUAGAAUUCCACUACAAUCAAGGAGAAAUGAGUUUGUGGGGUGUAGAGAGAAACAAUCAAGUGUAUAAAAAUGAUGCCUCUCUGGGUUUUCUUCUUGCCAGCUAAAGUUUUCUUCUCAUUUCCUGAGACUGUUUCCCCCUAAAACUCAAGAGUGCCCUUCCUCUGACAACUUGACGUGCUUUUCUGAAGAAGUAUUUCAGGUGAAAUUUCUUUAUCUAAACCCACUGCCAAACAUUUUUAAGAGAAUUUUGUCUGAAUGACCUGUGUGGCAUGAGCCAAACCACUCUGUGGUUUUAAGAGACCCUAAGUUGACGAGCUGAGGAGGUUUUGUGUUGCACACCUUUGCAUGCCUUGGAGACAGGAAUGGAUGGAUGUACUGCAGCUCCAGUCCUCACUUAAUGACCUUUUGACAUGCUGGAUUUUGAGAUCAUGGUCCACAUCAAUGAAAACAAGAUCUUUUAUCUAUGAAACUAUUUAUUAUGAUUGAUGGAUUUAAUGUAAGAGCCAAAGCAUUGUUAUAAAUAGAGAAUGGUCAGCUUUACAGACCUGAAAGGAUGUGGGAAGUAGCUGGAGAACCCUGUAGUGAAACACUACUUCCACAUAAAUAACACAUAGGUCAGUUAGAGAGCUGGCAAGGAUACAGCAUGGGUUCACUUUUAAGCUGCACUAACCACAGAUGUAAAACUCUAAAGUUCAUGUACAGUCGUGUAGCAUCUUUCAGCUGGAAACCCCUGAGAGAGGAGCUGUGCAAGGCAGCAUGGAAGACGGAUAUCUGGACUGUUGUGAGCACUGUGAGCCCCAGUGUGGACAAUGCAGAAUUUUCCCUUGAAAAGAAACACCAUGACUGUAUUUGUAAUAUUAUUAUGCAUAAAGUGGCGUUUGACUUACACCAGUGAUUGAAUGUUAAAGAGAAGCCUUAUGUUAUGUUCUGCCCUUACUGUAACAAGACAGGCUGUGAGUGACAGAUGUGGACUGGAGCUGUGAACUCAUCUGCUGACUUGUUCUAUCUACAGAGAGGAGGAUGCAUGUAGAUGCAUUCUUAUUUGCAUGGACAUGUGGUGAUUAUCUCAGAAUAUGGAUUUUAAUGCAAGGAUUUUAUAGCAUGAGCCAGUCCAGGUGUUAAAAUGCUGCACAUUUUUUAUGUUUGGACAGAAACUUUAUGAAGCCCAAAUCCUAAAUAUCUCUCAGGAGACACGGUUUACCAGAACUGAUGCAGCAAAAGGCUGAUUUACUUGUGACCUAUAUUAUUGUAUUUAUUUAAUGAAAUUAGAUAGCAUUUUGCCUACAAAAUGAGAAUUAUGUUUAUGUUUGGUUCAAUUAAAAACAUAGAAUGACA